GGCAGGUCAACGUCGGAGGACGCUGGUGAGAAGACUACUGACGCAGUGGCAGCUGUGGUGUCAGGAUCCAGAGAGGUGUGUUCACUACCUGCCACCUGUUCAGUGUGUUGGUUCACACCCAGGAGGACCCUAGAUCGAUUCCCGUGCUGGACGAGACGUAAGGGUACACAAUUCAGAUCUUCGUCUUCAGCUUCGUGGUGAUAUGCAGAUUUUUGUGAAAACCCUUUCUGGAAAAACCAUAACAUUGGAGGUGGAGCCUUCAGAUACCAUUGAAAAUGUGAAAGCCAAGAUUCAGGAUAAGGAAGGAAUCCCACCUGAUCAGCAGAGGUUGAUCUUUGGUGGUAAGCAGCUCGAAGAUGGCCAUACCCUUUCAGAUUACAACAUUCGGAAGGAAUCUACACUGCAUUUGGUUCUUCGGCUUCGUGGUGGUAUGCAGAUUUUUGUGAAACCCCUUACUGGAAAAACCAUAACAUUGGAGGUGAAGCCUUCGGAUACCAUUGAAAGUGUGAAAGCCAAGAUUCAGGAUAAGGAAGGAAUCCCACCUGAUCAGCAGAGGUUGAUCUUUGGUGGUAAGCAGCUCGAAGAUGGCCAUACCCUUUCAGAUUACAACAUUCGGAAGGAAUCUACACUGCAUUUGGUUCUUCGGCUUCGUGGUGGUAUGCAGAUUUUUGUGAAACCCCUUACUGGAAAAACCAUAACAUUGGAGGUGAAGCCUUCGGAUACCAUUGAAAGUGUGAAAGCCAAGAUUCAGGAUAAGGAAGGAAUCCCACCUGAUCAGCAGAGGUUGAUCUUUGGUGGUAAGCAGCUCGAAGAUGGCCAUACCCUUUCAGAUUACAACAUUCGGAAGGAAUCUACACUGCAUUUGGUUCUUCGGCUUCGUGGUGGUAUGCAGAUUUUUGUGAAAACCCUUACUGGAAAAACCAUAACAUUGGAGGUGGAGCCUUCAGAUACCAUUGAAAAUGUGAAAGCCAAGAUUCAGGAUAAAGAAGGGAUUCCCCCUGAUCAGCAGAGGUUGAUCUUUGCUGGUAAGCAGCUAGAUGAUGGUCGCACCCUCUCAGAUUAUAACAUUCAAAAAGAAUCUACUUUGCAUUUGGUUCUUCGGCUCCGUGGCGGCCAGUAAAUGUUCAAUUUAAGACAAAUACUCUCUCGGCUUAAUGUUAUAACUUCUGCCUGUUCCUUUAAGUUGUAGGUACUGUAUUUUUUUUUCCCCCAAUAUCUUUAAUUUUUUUAUAAUGUACUAGAACAAAGUAAAUGGAAGUUACUUA